AUGCCAAAACCGAUAACGAUUACCUACACCCUUUAUCCUUCCAUCACCUCCAACACGGGUAACAACAAUUACCUCCAACAGAUCCAUAAUCUCGCUAUAGAAGGUAUAAAACGACACCUACCGCUUAGGAACCUACAUUGGAAAUCUUCCACUCGAACUUCACUUAGAACUAUACAAGAGGUGGAUAUACAGCUAUGCGAGUUGAGUGAAGUCAGCAGUUCACUCGUUGGCGCUGGAGGAGCAGGGGGAAGUAGUGUAUUAGAUAGUCCGUUGGUUAAUCUUUGUUUGGUAGUAUGUGAGGACGCAGAAGUGUACAAGAACCAAACUCGCUCAUUCAUCCGUGAUUGGCUUUCACUCCUGGCAGCAAGACGUGCACCUCACGCACCAUUGAUCGUACUGAUAAAUCCACCGAAUCCAUCUGGACAAUCAGCCUCGAGUAGUGGGAAGAGCGUAUGGGGCAAAGAUAAAGGUGUUCUGGGGAAGCUGAAAACGGAUUUCAAUGUUGGGAAGAGAGAUAGAUGCGUCCAGCUCAACCUUCCUCCACCAGGUACACACGAUCCAGCAGCAUGGCCAGAACUUAUCAACAAGAUCAAAGAAUCUCUGGUAUCGGCUUUCGACUCUGCUAUCAUAGAGCGUGAGGAGGAAGUGAAAAGAGGUGAGAGUCAGCGGUUGAACGUCGGGUGGAAUUUCUGUACUUGGUUCUUGUUGAAGGAAUCACUAGCCAACUCAUUCGAAUCCGUUAAUCUCCCUGAAGAUUCUCUGAUAAUAUACGAAGAGCUCGAAGCGUCCUUCUUCCAAGUCCUCAAAGAACAGAACCUGAACUGGUACGGUCUAUCUAAACUUGGCGGUACUCACCCAGGCGACGACUCCCUACCUAUCUUAGAUACCACUUCGAAACCUUAUAGAGAGCUCAUAAGGAAUAGUCAAAUUAGUAUAUUUGAUUUUAGAAUUUAUCUAUUUGCGAGACAAGGGCAAUUGUUAGGUAAAUUAGGGAGGAUAACGGAAGUUGCGAAAAGAGGACAGUGGUUCGUUGCUAGUUUGACUAGAAGGUUGAGAGAAGCCGAGGACUCCCUUGCUGAACAUUUCAUCGAAUCAUGGACAUAUACCGCAUGUAUGGACAUAGUAUCAAAAUGCGACACUUGGUCAAGGAUAGAUAGACCCAAUGGCGAUUACUCAGGCCUGGUAGCGUACGAAUCAGCUAGAUCAGAAUUGUUGGAUAUUGCUCGUAUACAAGUCGAGCGAAUAGGCGUUUCAUCGGGACACUUACCGCCCAUAUAUCCUUUCAAACCCGGUUCAUCGCCCUAUGGCAAUCUCGCGGAAGAAGAAAGUGUCUUGUUCGAAUCUUCUUCUAAUGGAAUAUCAGAUGAUGAAGAAUUGCAACAUACACCUAUCACCUCGACACAUCCUACAUCCGAAGAAAGACCGGUCUUGUCCAACGAACAGCUCAUAGACGCUCAAAGGGAUAAAGAUAAUUGUAGAUCGUUAUAUUUAGGAUUGACAAAUAAGACUAUAAAAGCUUAUCAAUCUUGUGGGAAAGUCAAUUCGGUUAUUAGGUUGAAAGCCGAUUUGGCGGCCUUGGCUUUAUACACCGAACAGUGGGUUGAAGCCUACGACCUCUCACGAGAACUAGCCAAAUAUUGCGCGGAGAUCUUAACUUGGGAUCCAAUAUCAAAAUUCGCUUUGGAGUGUGCUCUACAAGCUCAUAGAGAAUUAGGUAGAGAGAAAGAUGAAGAUUGGGAGAAUCUCGCUUUGGCUUAUCUCAGAGUGUGUGCUUUGGUAGAUACUACCUCGUUGAGGGAGGAGGGAGAAAAGGAUGGUAAUUAUGCAGAGUUAGGGGAUGCUGUAAUUGGGUUGAAGGAAUCUGAAAAUGAACAAGAAGUGGAAGGUCAUAAAGCUUUCAUGGUCAGGUUGAUGUCUGAUGAAGCGAAUCAUGAGGAAGGGGAUGAUCAGUCCUCCUUGAAGGCAGAGGUCACCAGUGUACUACCUAUACCAGUGCAAGUCGACAGUAGCUCAUUUGAUCUUACAGAUACUCACGGAGAGGUGAUCACCUUCUCAAGUGAUGGUCAGACCCUUCAGCCAGGAUCAAAUAUCAUCAAAGCAUUUUGCUCGACAUCAACUCAAGGUUUGUAUACUUUACAGACCUCUACCAUAGUUAUUGGUUCAAUUAGCUUUAUAUAUAACAAAUACGAAGAAGGGUCUCUACUGAAAGUCAAGCGGAAUGCUCAAGGUGUGGAAGCUAAAUUGAGAAUGCCAUAUGCUAUCAAACUCGAUGAGGAUCCCAGGGUAGUGGUGGAAGUAAAAGCAGGCAUGGUGGAAAUGAAGAAUGUCAGAGUUGGAUUAAGAUCAUUGAUCGGAGAAGUCACGUAUCUUCUACAUCAUGCUGAAUAUGGAGGCAAGGAUCUCUCGUUAGACGGCACUGGCCUUAUUGAAAUAGGCGAUAUCAGCGCUGAAGAAGAUGUGGAAAUAACCAUUCCGUAUGCCGGAAUACCACAAGGGGAAUAUGCCAAGGCUCAAAUCAUCAUACAAUAUGAUACUUCGUCAGGUUCGAGAGAAUGGAUAGACAAUCAAGUGGUUUUCAUGGGAUUGCCAUUGACCGUGAAUGUGCAAGAUUUCUUCAGACCCGAUUGCCUCUUGUCUCAUUUCACGAUCGCUUCUGAUGGCAGAGAGUAUCUUCGUAUAGCUUCUGUAAAGCUAACUCCACCUGAGGAAGCGGGAUACGAGGUUCAGGCUGGUCGGGAAGAUUGGAAGGAGAGUGUGACCAUUACGUCCAAUCAACCACUUUCAUGCCUAUUCAAAGUGAAACAAAAAGAGAAACACGAUGAUGGAGCGGUGUUAAGGUUGAAGAUACGCUAUCGAAGUUUAGAAGAAGAAGUCCGCCAGGACAUUGAGAAUGCUUUUGCGAAAUUACCAUCGAACUCCCGCGAUACCUUAAGAGUAUUGACAAGUGAAUGGGCAAAUGACAGAGGAAAGUGGCUGAAACCGUAUCUUCUGGGUACGUCGCUAGCUGAGACGUUGGCGGAAAUGUUGAAGUCGAGGCAGGUCGAAGGGCUUGAAGAGUUCCUGGAGGCUAUAUCAAGUCACGAAGAGCAAGUAGUAUGGCGGACAUUAGAAAUCCCAGUUGACGUACCUCAACAUCGUCUAUUAACGACCGUACGAAUGACUCCCUCAAAAUCGUUGAAUCAGAUAUACGAAGGUCGUGCAAUCAACAUUAAACUGUCUUUAUCAACUUCAUUCACUUGGUCUGGGUAUCAUGACAAAGAUGAUAAGAGAUUGGUAUUUGAUAUUCAGAACAACGAAGAUUGGUUGGUUGUAGGCAAGAAGAAGGGAUAUUACUUGGCUGAUCCUGAUACACCUGAGGAACAAGAGAUAAUUCUCAUACCCAUGAGAUCAGGUAAAUUGUUCUUACCAACGGUCACUAUCCAACUUCUAUCGAACCCCACAAAUGCACCAUAUCAAGGUCAAGCGAAAUCACAGAUGGACAAUGACGAAUUGCUAUGUGAGACAUAUUUCGAAAAUGCCGCGGAAUAUAUGAUGGUCUUACCUGCUAAGAAGGAGAUGAAUUGUUUUGUACCUAUUCCGAUUAAUGGAGAAGCCUGGGAAGGUGAAAGGGUUUAG